AUGGAUGACGAUGCGACGUGGACGGCGUCGUCGCGACGGACGACGGACGACGACGACGCCGCGGCGAUGCGUCGAUCGAGCUCGCACGGCGACGGUCUCGAUGACGCGUUGAUGCGACGGUACCGACCGAGCGAGGGAUUCUCGGAGACGGAGGAGACGGCUGGGGGGAUGAACGAGGAGUGGUCGACGCACGCGCGCGUGCGCGCGCGGGUCGGGACGCGAUGGCAUCCGGUGGACGCGAUCGGAACCGCGGCGUUGACGAUGGUGUGGGCGGUUGGACCGGCGAUGUUAGCGAUGCGAGGGCUGCGAGUGGUGACGAGCGGGAGGACGAAGGAUGCGCGCAGGUUUAAGCGGCGCGCGGCGCUCGCGGCGUACGUCCUGAGCGAAGUCGCGUGGUACGCCUCGCGACGAGCGGUGAAGCGGAGGUACGACGCGGACGAUAAUAUGACGGCAGACCCUACGAGGGUUGAUUUCGAUCGGUUCCUUCAGCUGCGACACGACGCCGUGCGAGACUUCAAAUCGUUCCUGUACGGGUGGACGAAGAGUUGGACGAACACGUGGGCGGGCGUCUCGCCUUCGUUUUACGACAAGCCAGAGUCGACGACGACGAGUCCGUCGAACUCUAGAGUGUCUACGCCAGGAUUAGAGGUCCCCAGAGCGUCUACGCCGUGUCAUCGCGAUCACGCGAAAGAUUUCCUUCGAUUCGGCUUCCACGACGCGCUGAGCGCCGAGGAGAUUGGCGAGCAAAAGGAGAGAGAGUUGGACCUAUUCAUCGAAGAGAUCGAGGCGCGAUGGAACGUCAAGUUCGACGAUGGCGUUGAAAAGGAAUCGUUUGACUUUAUGUUUCACACAAAAGAAAAACUGGGUGCGCUGCAUCAGCCCUUGAUCUUCACCGCGUGGGUAAACGGCAUCGCCGGCGUCGCGGGAUUAGCGCUGCGGUCCCUGGGAUUUCGAGCGUAUCGAGGCGAUAGCGGAUGUUGGUAUUGGGCAAAUUGCGACGUCGUGAUGGAAGAUUGGAAGCAAAAUCCCUCGAGAACGUUGACGAAAAAGACGCGAUACGGGCGCGGACGCGAGACGAGGGAAGUGUUGUGCGGCGACAUUGCAGAUGAAACAUCGUCGUCCGACGACGCGAAACCGAUAAUAUUUGUGCAUGGUCUGGGCGUGGGAUUAGCACCAUAUCUUCCAAGCAUCGUGCACUUGCUCAAGAGUAAACCCGGUCGGAAAAUUGCGUGCGUGACGCUUCCACAUAUCAGUAUGCGGGCGAGCAAGACGGUGCCAGAGCUCGAUCAAAUGGUGAGCACGGUGAUGGAAAUCACUAAAAAACACGCCCUGCGUUCACCGGCGCUUUAUGGUCACAGUUUCGGCUCGUUUGUCGUCGCGCGUGCGUGCCAAAUGUACUUUGUCAGUUCCGUCGUCCUCGUUGAUCCAGUUGCCGUGUGCUUAUUCCUCCCUCAGACGGUCGGGAUUCUUUAUCAACUGAGUAAGAGUUGGACUGAGUUUAAGAGUCGAGCGAGCGAGGGUGGUCUGAAAGUUCUCGCAGACGCGCAGUUCUGGCGAGAGGGCCGCUGGCUCAUUUAUUUCUUCCUACGAGACUACUUUUUACUUCGAGAGAUUGGCGUUACGACGGCGCUUCGAAGAAAAUUUUGGUGGGCACGAUAUAACAUGUGGGCGGAGGACCUCCCGCCAGACUCGCUCAUCGUUUUGGAAUCGAACGAUUUGCUUAUCGACGCAGAAGCGAUCGCGAGGCACGUACUGCGUCAAUCCCAUGCGCGAAUAAUUUAUCAGGAAGGCUUCAGUCACGGUGAAGCGUACUUUCCUUGGGGAUACGGCUUGCGGGCCGACAUCGCCGAGUUCUUCGAUGGAUUGCCAAAUGUUUCGCAUUCAGCUGUGUAA